AUGAAAAAACAGAAGCAUAAUUCGACGAAACUAUUCCCCGGAAUAGCUGCGAGAAAACCUCAACUCCUCAACAAUAGCUGGGCAAAGCUCCUUAGUGAGCAAACAUCCGGUAACGAUACGAAAAACAGUGACACGAAAGUGACUGGAUUAAAUGUAAGGUGUGAACGUCUUUUUCUCAAAGUAAAAGAAACCAAAAAAACUGUUCGAACACCUUUUCUGGGGAAAUUGGAGAACUGUGUUGAAAGAAGCGAAGACAGAAACGUAGAAAAACUGAGUGAAUUGCGAAUGGACAAGAAAAAAAUUGGUAGAAGGUUGUUACAUAAGGAUGAAGACGAGUCAAGCGCUGAGAUAAGGUCAAGUGAAGGAAUUUUGUCGGCGGAAGAAACUUCAAGAGUAUCCUUCGUUGAAAACAAAAGAGACGAAGAAGAUCACUUGCCGCCUCUUAGGGAUUGCAAGUCACUAGCAAAGACAAAAAAGGAAAAAUUUGACUUUCCAAAGUCGACAAAAAGUCAAAGAGGUGGAUUUUCUGGCGGAAAGUCUCAAUUUAUUGACUGGCAAAAAAUCUUUGUCAACGGAGGAUUUCGACCAUACGAGUCACGUGAUUUACCGACACGCGGAGAGAUAAACUUGUUAAAAUACAAAACGUGGAACGAGGAUGAACCCAUGUACAGCGUCACGAAGUGUGCCAAAUAUUUUGGCCUCGACUGUGACAACAUGCACAGUGACGCUGAAAAGUUUGUGAAAAAGCAACCACAAAAACUAUACAGCAGCCCGUCUCCAACUUAUAAAUUCUUCCCUUUCCAAGCUUCAAAACUCAAGAGAGGCUUUGCACCCCAGGAAAGAAGUUUGGAGUCACCGUCUUUAAGAAAUCAGUCAAAGACAUAUAAUUUAUGCAACUCGUGUAUUGUUCCCCCAGCGACACCCGUGUCAUCCAUGAUAAGAUCUUCUCCAAUUCGAUGGAGUCCUUUACAAUAUGUGGAAAGAGGAAACACUCUUGAAGAAUUGGCUAAGUUGUCGACUGAAGGACAAACAACGGAUGAGGGAAUUCAUUCACCCAAUGAGAGUGAACUGGAAUUG